AUGGCGGGCAAAGUGACGCUCUCUCUGUUCGUCGCGUUCCUGGCUCUGGCGAAUACCGCGAGUAUUUUGGAUUUUCUGGACUGGGAGGAUGGUAAGAAGCUGAUCGAAGUACCCGAGCUCAGGAAUGAUCAGCCCAACAGAAACUGUAUGUGCAAGGGCCCAGCUUGUGUCUGCUGUGUCGACUUCAACAUCACCUUUGUGGACCUUGGAGGACCAGGAUGCGUCCACAUGAAGUACUUAUCUCCUGAAGAAGGAUUCUCAGUCAACGUGUCCUACGGAAAGAAUCUUCUCCACAACUCAAAAAUUAAAGGGACCAACCCGGCACCGAUUUGCUUGGAAGUCUUUGGAAAUUUGGCCCAAGUGUGUGCCAAAUUCAGUGACCUGGCUCCAACAUCAGACGGCCUCAGAGGAUGUCUGGACAUCGAACCCAUGCUUCUCAAAGAAUCACAACUGACAUUCCCUAUUGGAUGCUUCAAGUCGACUGCUGGUGGCAUGGAAAUGGAAGACCCUCCGGCAAAACCAGAAGAACCUGAAGAAGAAGGUGAUGAGGAGGAAGAAGAAACUCCAACUUUUGAUGCUGAGUCAUUCUUAUUAGGAGUAUACAAGACUGCGGAACAAGGGAUAGCCUUCAUCAGUGGCCUCCUGGACAUUCCAAUUAAACUAAAUGGAACUACUACAGUCAGGCCCACAACUGACUCAACCCCAGAAACCAGUACAGAUUCACAAAGACGAGGUCCCAAAAACCUAAGGCAUCCCAACCAACUGUGAUAAUAUUGACGUUAUAGACCUAAGUACAAAAAAGCAUUUCCUAGAUAAGCUUUAGCUUGCC